UUCAUUUAAAUGCCAACUCACUCGUGUUAGUGCGCAGGAAAUCAAUACUUAACGGGCAAUUAUUAUUAUAUUAACAGCGAUUAGGCAUUGCGUAUAUUUUUAACUGACAAAUAUGUAUCGUACGUUUCUCUCAUUGUUUGGUAUCAUUACAUUGCUUAGAUGUUCAUUUGCAGAGCCUUGCGUUCAUCCUCUUGGAAUAGAAGACGGAACAAUUCAACUGACAGCAUCAUCUGAAAUCGACAAUAACCAUAGAGCUGAUCGUGGAAGACUGAAUACUGUACUCGGGUCCGGCAUUGGUUAUGGAUCAUGGGUGGCUAAUUUCAAAGACCAAAAUCAAUGGAUUCAAGCCCACCUUGGAUCUUUGUUGAAAGUCACCAGACUGAUUACACAAGGUCGACAGGAUACAGAUCAGUGGGUGACGUCAUAUGAAGUUCUUUACAGUACUGGUGGCAACUUUGAAGAAAUCCUGGAGGCCAGUGGUCAAGUUGCACCUUGUGGUCAACCUCUUGGGGUAGAAGACGGAACAAUUCCUCCACAACAAUUGACAGCAUCAAGUGAAAGAGACAGUUACCAUGGAGCUGAUCGUGGGAGGCUUAACACCGUACGAGAAGGCUCUUUCGUGGGUGCAUGGGUGACUCUACAAGACGACCAACAUCAAUGGAUUCAAGCUGACUUGGGUUCUUUGUUAAAGGUGACGGGAGUAAUCACACAAGGACGAGAGGAUUAUGCAGAUCAGUAUGUGACGUCAUAUGAAGUUCUUUACAGCCUUGAUGGUGACCAAUUUGAAGAAAUCAUCAACAUCAAUGGUCAAGUUGCAGUGUUUAAUGGAAACUCCGAUAGAAACACGGCUGUGACAAACAUGUUCCAUGAUCCUGUCUACGCCCAAUUCAUCAGAAUCCAUCCGACCAAUUGGUACGCUCGCAUAAGUUUAAGAUUUGAAGUUCUUGGAUGCUCAGCUGAAGCAAUACUGUACAAUCAUCACUGCUACAAGUUUGUCAGUGAUCCGACAACAUGGAACGACGCAAAAGCAAUGUGUGAGAGUUUCUCUUCACGGUUAAUUACGAUCAACACGGAAGAAGAGCUAGCUUACUUCACUGCUGUAGCAUCAACCUUCAAUCCAUUCCCAUCGCCAUGGACGGGGAUGAACGACAUUUUGGCGGAAGGACUGACAUACGAACAACCGACCUACAACGAGUUUAUUGAUAAUGACGACCCAGAGAACAGCGACUGCUUUCACAUUGACACGAAUGGUGAUAUGAGUUACAGAAGUUGCGAUGAUGAGUUUGGGUACGUGUGUGAAGCUCCGAGUAUUAUCUCUGAAAGCUAUUCCAUAUUCAAAAUAAACAAAUCACCGGCAGCCGGACAAGUAGUCGGGAGUUUCUAUGCACGGAGUUCUGGCGCAUGCUCAUUGGAAUGCGGUAGAUUGGAAUCGUGUGUUUCAUUUUCGUUUAGUAGUUUUUCAAACGAGUGUAUACUGAGCAGUAGUACAGGUCAAAGUUCAGAACUGGAUGAUGCGGAAGAUUCUGACUUUUAUGUCUUUACAUCAACUGAAGAGAUAUGCAGACCAUUUACAUGAACUAGAAUAUCGCUUUAAGUCGUUUCUGUUAAAGCUUUAGUUUAAAUAUUUCGAGCAUUUGAUGUGACACAUAACAUUCGUAAUGUUAUUAAGAUGUCUGAUAUGAAAUAAGUAAACUAUGUGUUAUAGUAUAAUUCUACUUUGUAUUUGAAACUACAGUACUUGUAAACUUCAGUUGUUUUAGAAAUAAGACAACAUACUAAAACAUCAUGCGUGUAGAAAGUCGAUUCUAUAGCUCAUCAUUUGAAUAGUUUCCAAUAUAUGGAGCCCAUAAUUAAUAGGGAGAUUUCGAUUCGAGCAACGACGUGACGGAGAAUGGAUUUACUCAUGCGUGACCUCUACGUUCUCUGUCACGUAGAGAUUAGGUCAAAUUGAAUCCUAGGAAUCCAUGCGACGAGAAUUUGCGAAUUACUUCUUAGUGAAGUCAAGAAUUAAAACAAAAUACGGUCAAAGUUAAAUCUGAGACUGCCAUUUAAAGGCAUAUGAGGUGUAAGCACCAUCACAUUUCGUAUCUCAGCCCAAAACCAUGUUGGCCGGGGAAUGAGUUUGUCUUGUCCCUCAAUUUGCAAAAUGUUCGUCUUGAGCAACCUCCAUUUUAAAUCUCUGAAUCCGCCAAACAUCUGGCAUUUAUCUAGUACAACUAAAAACUUACUUAUUGCAAACCUUUAAACAAUAAUUAUUUUGAACGUCUUCCUCUCCCAUUUCUGAAUAAUUAUAUCAUAUUUGCCUCACAUCAUCUUUUUCCUUAAUGCUAUAUCCAGACGAUCAAAUUUUCAUGGUAUCAUCCCAUUUGGUUAAAAUCCAGUUUGUUGAAACACGGUUUGCCGAAUUUAUCCCACUUUGCCGAAAACCCAGUUUGCCGAAUCCAGUUCACCGAAAACAUGAAAUCCCAGUUGGCCGAAACCUGGUUUGCCAAACCCAGUUUUCCAAAUUUGAAUUUUGUCGUCACCGUCGUACAAAAGAGCAGCCCACUACUAUUUUGAAAUAAAAUGUAAUAAACAGUAAUUAUGUAGGCAAAAUCGAAUGUAAACUUAGACUUAACUAUUUUGAACUAAAUUUAAGAACGGUAAUUAUUGUAAGCGAAACUGAAUGUAAACUCGGACUUAACAACCACAACAAAAAACCCAUCAAAAUGGCUUCCUGUGGCUUACAACUUUAAUUUACCGAUGUAUACUAUCAGCGACUUAGGCUUAAUAUUCUUAUGCACCAAUUUCAAAUCUACUAAGGCUAGAGGACUUGGCGGAUACACUCGGGACACCUUCUAGGCUUAGUAAAUGUGAAAUUGGUACUUAAGAUUAACUAGCCUAAUCACUGAUAGUAUGGCUCUUUAAUUUGAAAUAAUGAGCAAUAGUAAAGCCAUUUGAUGCCCUCUAAAAAUACAUGCUUCACUAUUCCAGCCUAAAAAUACAUUCCUAAUUCAUAUAAUGUUUUGAGGCAUCUACUGUUUGAUGAAAACCUGAUAAAGGGCGA